AUGAAGGCUAUAUGUGUGGUCGCUGGUGUGGAGGGCAUUAAGCAGGUGGUGAAGGAGCAAGUACCCAUCGGAAAGAUCAACCAUGGGGAGCCAAGUUCCGUCGUGGAGCAAACUCAAGUGAUGCACGCUUCUGUGAAAGCUUUCAUGGAAACCGACUUUGAUUCGUAUCUUCGCUUGGGUGAGCUCGAUUUGGAAGUUUUUUCCACUGGGGGAAAUUUCUUUCCAAAGGUUCGUGUUGGCCUUAUGAAUUGA